AUGAAGAUGGCGGCGCCUCUCGCCAGCAAAGCAGGGUCCGCCGGCACCAACAGCAAGCCUCCUUUCCCGGAGCUGGAUUUCCGAUCGGGAGCCAGGGUGGAGGAAUUGAAUAAACUCAUCCAGGAAUUCACCAAGCACGAUCAGAGGGAGUACGACGAUCAGCGAGCCCUGGAGAUCCACACGGCGAAAGACUUCAUCUUCUCCAUGCUGGGCAUGGUUCAGAAACUUGACCAGAAGCUUCCUGUAGCCAAUGAGUACCUGCUCCUUUCAGGUGGUGUGCGGGAAGGCGUGGUGGACAUUGAUCUUGAUGAGCUGAAUGUUUAUGCGCGAGGCACAGACUAUGACAUGGACUUCACCCUGCUGGUGCCUGCACUGAAGCUGCAUGACCGCAACCAACCGGUGACUCUGGACAUGCGCCACUCGGCGCUGUGCCACUCCUGGCUGAGCCUGCGGCUGUUUGAUGAAGGAACUAUCAGCAAAUGGAAGGAUUGCUGCACCAUUGUGGACCAUAUCAACGGAGCUACCAAUUACUUCUUCUCUCCAACUAAAGUUGCGGACUGGUUCUAUGACUCCAUUAGCAUUGUCCUCUCUGAGAUCCAGAAGAAGCCUCAGCGAGGGAUGCCAAAGGUGGAGAAGGUAGAAAAGAAUGGGACGAUCAUAUCCAUCAUCUUGGGAGUGGGCAGCAGCCGAAUGCUGUAUGACAUUGUUCCUGUGGUGUCCUUCAAAGGCUGGCCAGCUGUGGCCCAGAGCUGGCUAAUGGAGAACCACUUCUGGGAUGGAAAAAUCACAGAGGAGGAAGUCAUAAGUGGGUUUUACUUGGUGCCUGCGUGUUCCUACAAGGGGAAAAAGGACAAUGAAUGGAGGCUGUCAUUUGCCAGAAGUGAAGUUCAGCUGAAAAAGUGCAUCUCCAGCAGCCUCAUGCAAGCCUAUCAAGCCUGCAAAGCUAUCAUCAUCAAAUUGCUGUCCCGCCCCAAAGCCAUUAGUCCAUAUCACUUGCGGAGCAUGAUGCUAUGGGCUUGUGACAGGCUACCAGCCAACUACUUGGCCCAGGAAGACUAUGCCGCCCACUUCCUCCUGGGUCUUAUUGAUGAUCUCCAGCACUGCUUGGUCAACAAGAUGUGUCCUAACUACUUCAUCCCCCAGUGCAACAUGCUGGAGCACCUCUCUGAAGAAACCGUCAUGCUGCACGCACGGAAGCUGUCCUCAGUCCGCUCAGACCCCGCUGAACACCUCCGAACUGCCAUUGAACACGUCAAAGCAGCCAACCGGCUAACGCUAGAACUCCAACGGCGAGGCAGCACCACCAGCAUCCCCUCGCCACAGUCAGAUGGAGGGGACACCAACCAGCCUGAUGACCGACUAGCCAAAAAGUUGCAACAGCUAGUGACUGAGAACCCAGGGAAGUCCAUCUCCGUCUUCAUUAACCCAGAUGAUGUCACAAGGCCCCACUUCAGAAUCGAUGAUAAAUUUUUCUGAGCUUUCGUCAAUGUUUUUGGGGAUUUUUUCUUCUGUUUCAUUAUUUUGAAAUACUUACAGCGUGCAGGUUUUUUCAGUUGUUUUUUCCUUGAUGACUUAGUCUCUUGUUUUUUACAUAUCCAGCAUAGAUUGGAUCUGUUGAGAACAAUCUGAAUAAAUUAUAAUUCCUGGUUCUGCA